UAAUAAUGCGCAGUUGGUUAUGGACCUAUAAACCAUCCAUAGUGUUUAAAAAAACAUUGUAAAGAACAUGGCGGUCAAGUCUCAAGCAGUAAAUAUGCCGAGUUGUUUUACAAAUACAUUGUUUUUAUAUAGUGCAAGAUGUGAUUAUAGUGUGAAAAAGUAUUAAUUCAAGUGACCUUUUCAUGGACUUUUCUUAUUAACAAUUUUGUUGACAAUUAUGUAAGGACAAAGACGAAAUUCGUAUAUCGAUGAUUGGAGCAAAUACACAAAUGCAGAAAAAUGGGAGACUCCCAUUAUUUGGUGUCGAUUGUAGUAUUAUUGUUUGUGUUUCCGUUUUCACUUCAAAUUGAAAAUUACGAAUGCCCACAGAAAUGUGAUUGUCUCGAAAAAUAUGUCGAUUGUUCAAACAAGAAUUUACUGUCUGUCCCAAGAAUUCCAGAGUGGGUGGAACAAUUGGACUUGAGCUUCAACAGACUAAAUGAACAAGUAACAAAGUAUUUUGAUAAAUUGAAUGCUUUAAAAGUAUUAAAGUUAGAUAAAAAUGGUUUGCAUCAUAUCCCUGACUUUCUCAAAAUGAGCCAAUUUGAGGAAAUCAAAAUGAAUCGGAAUGAUAUCGAAUCGAUAGACGUAGGACACUUUCCAGCAAACAAUUCGAUUACUACCUUGAGUUUGAACAGUAAUCAAAUAAAAGUCAUUGAUGAGGGAGCUCUAAAUAAUUUGACAAACUUGAUUUUUCUAAAGUUGAACCGCAAUGAAAUAUCAUCUCUGCCAAAUCAUUUAUUCAUGCAUCAAGCAAAGCUGGAAAAUUUGGAACUAAAUCACAAUAAGUUACAUGUUAUAAGUGGUCUGCUGUUUCAAGGAUUAUCAAGUUUAACAACAUUGAAAUUAAAAUUCAACAAUAUAGAUACUAUUAUGGAUGGUGCCUUCUAUGGAUUUAAAUCUGUUAAAUUGCUGCAAUUGGAUCAUAAUAAGAUUAAAAUAAUUUCUAAAGGAUGGAUGUAUGGAUUAGAAUCCUUAAAUACAUUAUCACUUUCAAAUAAUAUAAUAUCCAAAAUUGACUUGGAUAGCUGGGAACUUUGUAAAAACUUGGAAAUACUUGAUCUGUCCCACAAUUACUUAAUGGAAAUAGAAGGGCGAACCUUCCAUUACUUAAUUAAUCUCCACACACUUAAUCUAAGCUAUAAUAAUAUUUCAUCUGUAUCUCAGGAAGCAUUUAGUGAUAUGAUACAAUUGCAGACCUUAUUAUUAAAUAACAACAAGAUUUCUUGGACAGUUGAAGAUAUGUCAGGUCCAUUUUCCAAAUUACAAAACCUGAAAGUAUUCAAUUUAUCUGCUAACCAUAUAAAAUCAAUAAACUCUAGAGCCUUUGAAGGAUUAACCAAUGUUAUUGAAUUAGAUUUGGAUGGAAAUAAUAUAACUUCUAUUCAACAACAUACAUUUGAGAAAAUGACAAAAAUUAAAAAAUUUCACCUUAACUCAUCAUCUUUGUUAUGUGACUGCAAUUUGCUAUGGAUAGUUAAAUGGAUAAGAGAUAAAUUGGAGCAAAAAUUUAUUACCGCAACAUGUGCUUAUCCAUCGGAACUUCGUGGGGUUUUGAUUUCCAAACUUAAAGAAGAUAAUUGUGGAGAUUCUCCUAAGCCAAAAAUCAUUGAACACCCCAAAUCACAUCUUGCUAUUAAAAAUAGGUCAGCAAAUUUGAUAUGCACAGCAACAUCAAAUCCAUUUAGUAAUAUGACAUUUUUAUGGAGGAAAAAUAAUGGUAAUGUGAGUAACCCUACUGUCCAUGAAAAUGUUACUAUGACUAGAAAGGGGCAACCUCAAGCUACAUCUAUUUUGGUGAUACCUAAUGUUACCAAUGGGGAUGCGGGUCGCUAUCAAUGUGUUGUGAGCAAUAAAUUUGGGACAACAUAUUCAAUGAAGGCUAAAGUAAAUAUUGUAACUUUUCCUCGAUUUAUAAAAACUCCUACAAAUGUAACAGUUAAAACUGGAGAAACUGUUACAUUAGAUUGUGCUGCUUCUGGAGAUCCAGCUCCUGAAAUUUCAUGGAAGAAGGAUGGAGGUAAUGACUUUCCCGCAGCUCGAGAGAGGCGAAUGAAUGUAAUGCCUUCAGAUCCCAGGUUUUUUAUAGUAAAUGCUAAAACCACAGAUAUGGGCAUAUACAGCUGUGCUGCUAAAAACCAUGCUGGGACUAUUAUCGCAAAUGCUACAUUAACUGUUCUACAAGAACCAUCUUUCAUAAGAGCUAUGGAAAAUAAAGAAGUAGUAAGUGGUGAAUCUGUUGUUUUACAAUGCAUGAUAUCAGGUUCACCUAAACCAGUGUUAAAAUGGCUAAAGGAUGGAGUGCCCAUAGUGCACACGGAACGUCAUUUCUUCUCUGGUGAAGAUCAACUACUAAUUAUAAUUGGAGUUGAACCAAAAGAUGCUGGAAAAUAUGAAUGUGAGAUUACGAAUGAGUUGGGUACAAAAAAAGACACAAUAGAAAUGAAGGUAUUAACACCAGUUUCAAUUAUGGUAAAUGAAGAAGAUAUGACUGGUAUUAUUAUAAUAACAGUAGUGUGUUGUGCUGUGGGAACUUCUAUAAUAUGGGUUGUUAUUAUUUAUCACACGCGUAGGCGCAUGGCACGAGCUGUGCAUACAUUUCCCGGUGAAAGUGUAAAAAUGACACAAGUUGUUCAUAGUGAUUGUGAUUCACCACAAAUGUUCCCAGACAAUUUAUCUGAGCAUUCAUCAUGCAAAGAUAGCGGGACAGGUGAUUCUGCUAAACAGACAAGCUUUGACGGUGUACCAACUGACAGAAGUGAACAAGUGCAUUUUGAGACUGCAGUUUGCAGAAGUUACUCCCCAGUGCCUGAGGCUCACAAACUUUUGCCUUCCUCAUUUAAGCCCUCCAUACAAGUGUGUGUAAAUACAUCUGUAACACCAGCUACUUAUAGUUUUUCUAGUCACAGUGGUAAUGUUUAGAUAUAUGUGUAAAAAUAUUGAGAUAUAUUAGCAAUGUUGAAGUUUCACUAACUAGAGAUUUUUGUAAAUUUACAUAUUUUUCAUGAAAAUGUAUUGUAAUACUUAUUUGAGUGAAUAUUAACAAUCUGUCCUAAAAACAAACUAUCCUUAAUUUUAAUAAUAGAAUCUCAAAAUUAUUUUUUCCGCCGGAUACUCCUAACAAAAGAUACAGAAAAAUGUGAUUUAUAUCUCUAGGCAGUGAAACAGCAGUAAUCUAGGUAUUUAAAAUAUUGAUUUUGUAGUACAAAAUAUAACAAACUUGCCAGUAUUGGUUUGAUGUAAAAGACUGAAUGUCGUGUAUUUGUAUGGUCAUUGUUAUUCAAUAAUAUUGAUAGGCAAUAAAAUAUUAAUUAGGUUUUAAUUUAUUUCUGUAAUAUGACUAAAUUCACUUAG